UUCUGCAUUCUUCCUGCAUUCCUUGACCUCUCCCUCCUCCCCGUCAUAUCCGUUCCCGCGUACCCCACCAUGUCUGCGUCUGCCGACCCGUCGUCUCCUGACCCUGCCUCUUCUUCCUCUGCCUCUUCUUCCUCCGCCUCCAAUCCUGCUUCUCCGUCCUCCUCUUCUGCGGCUGAUUUCUUCGGUUCCUUCGACGUGUGGAGUGUCUUUGGCGGGGAGGAAGAAAAGUCUUCAUCCUCGGGAAAAAAAAAGGGAACGAGUGGAAAGGUGCACAGGAGGAAGCACUCCUCGUCUUCCGCCCCCAGUCGAUCGACUUCUUCCAGCGGGGGGAUCUCCGGCUUCUUUGACGGCCUUUUCAGAUGGGGCAGCUCGUCGGAUCCUUCCAACUGGAAUGACCACACGACCGGCUACUCGCUGCCGGCAGAGGCGGCUGAAGUGCUGCAGGGAACGAAGCCGCAGGAGUCUAGCCAAGACUCGAGUGCUCCGAAAGCGCUGACCUACGGAGACGUCGAAGGAGGGAACGAGAGAUCCUCUUCGUCGUCCGCUUCUUCCGCGGCUGCGGCCGCAGCCUUUUUCUCGGACGACAAGGGCGAGAAGCACGAAUUCCAGGAAGAGAAGCCAGACAGCAGCGGAGCAAAGGCGACUGGAGAUGGAGCAAAGGCGACUGGAGAUGGAGCAAAGGCGACUGGAGACGGACAAAAGAAAGUAGUUGACACGAGCUACUACGACGCCUUGGAAGUCUCGCCAGAUGCGUCAGCCGCCCAGAUCAAAAAGGCCUACUACAAGCUUGCUCUCAAAUGCCAUCCAGACAAAAACCCGGGCGACCCUGAGGCGAACUUGAAAUUCCAGAAAAUCGGAGAGGCGUAUCAGGUGCUCAACGAUCCAAAGAGAAGAGAGCAGUACGACAAGUUCGGCCUGUCCGCGACGCAGAACAUGAAACUCAUUGAUCCAGCUCUCUUCUUCAUGAUGCUCUUCGGCUCUGAGCAACUCGACCCCUGGAUUGGAAAAUUAAAGAUGGCGCACUUGGUGCAAGUCCUCACACAAGACGAGACAGGCUUCCCAGGCGAAUCAGAUGGAAACGGGGCCAAACCCGAAGAGUCGGCGAAGCAGCGAGAGAAAAUGAUGAAGGAGAUGGAACUGGAGCAGAAGAAGCGGGAAGUGACUCUCGCUCUCGAGCUUCGGGAUCGCCUUCAACCCUACGUGGAUGGUGAAGAAGACCGAUGGAAACAGGACAUGAACAAGGAGGUCACAUCUCUCUGCGAAUCCUCUUUCGGAGAUUCCAUCGUUGAGUCCAUCGGGUGGACCUACGAGAACUUUGCGGAUGCCUACCUCGGCGAAGUGCAGACGACUUGGGGCCUGGGGGCGACGCUGGCGAACGUGCAGGCAACAGGCCGGAGCAUUGGAAACACCUUCGCAGUGGCAAAGUCGAUGGUCCAAGCCGCCGUGGCGGCAACAGACAUUCAGGCUCGCCACGAACAGAGGCGAAAAGGGGCGGAAGGCGAGGACGGAGAGGGGGAAAAAUCGAGCAGCGGCGAAGACGCAGGGGCGCCUCCAACUCAUCUUGAUACACACGAGAUGGGCCGAGUCGGAGAGAUUCUGCAGAGCAUUCUCAGCAUCGUUCUGUACGACGUCGAAGACACUACGCGGCGAGCAGCGGAGAAGGUCUGUCGAGACGAAUCCGUGGAUUUGCCGACCCGUGUCAAGAGAGCAGAGGCUCUGAAGAUGCUCGGCCACAUGAUGCAGGAGAAGGGAGCUAAGGCCAAGAAGUUGAAGGAAAACAGAGAAUUCGACGUCACCAAACACAUGGAGGACGCCUUCAUCAAAGCAACCAUCGCCGCAGAUGAAAAGAAUCACAAAUCGCGUUGA